ACACGUCUCUUUAUCUGCAAAAAAUAUCUUAACAAGUUAUACCGAGAUGGUAUAUAGAAAAUUGCCAUUAUUGCGCUUUAAAAGACGAUUUUAUCAGUGUCAUUUACAUAAAGACAAUACUAUAUUGCUUCCAAAACUUUGAUUUUUUUCUUAAUAAAAAUGUGAUAAAAUGUAUUAUUGUAAUGGAUUUAGGUUAUAAGAUAUAUUCACUACGUAAAAGGUCAUGGAAUCAAAACAGCGGAUAAACAUCAUCAAAGAUUUUAAGACAUGCUAAAGGUGACUCAAGUCAAAAGAGAAACUAUAAGUCCGAGCAACCAGGAAAACCUGUUUGUUCAUCGUUUCCAUAGUAAUACUGAUAUGGCUUUACCAAAUAAUGCCCGGAUGUCUGCAUCAAAUAUAUUUUGGAAGUCACCAUAUACGGGUGACGGUUUAAGUGGAACCAGUAAAUCUGUCUGUAUGAAGCCCGUGCUUUCUAUUACGUCACCAAAAGAAAAGAUGACAACUUCCGUUGAUGAUACGUCAAGGUUAACCGUUAAAAGUAUAUUAAAACAUAAGAAAAAAUUUGACAACAAUUUUGAUAACAUUAAGUCUGAGAACAAAGCUGAUCAUGAACCGCAACCGAAUUUGAUUACGACUGGCACGGGUAAAGGAAAACCGCACGGAUCUCCUGUGAGGGCAAAAACGUGUAGAAAACGUGUGCAGUUUAAUGAAAUAUCAAAUCAGAACAGUGCAGAAUUGAAACGUGGGUCUUUAAAUUUGUAUUCUCCCACAGCGCAUGCACCGGGAAGAAGAUUAUUUUUAGACAGGCAAACAUCUACGCGAAUUUUAGGCACACCAAAUCGUUUAGGGAAUCGCUGGUCAGUUAACAGUCAAAACAAUAGAAACGACGUUGCUUCACUUAAUAACGGUGAAGCCCAUAUAAAGUAUCAAAUUAAUGCAUUUAUUAGAAAGCUUAGAUUAGCUGAGAAUGAAAAACAUACAAAAAUGGAGUCUGAGACAAAGUCUAACGUGUUAGAUCAAAACGCGCAAAAUAAAACUGCUGCAAAACUUAGAAAAUCUAGAUCAUUUUCUGGAACUACGUCACGACCAGACUGGACAGAAUACGACAUGGAUAAAAUAAAUUUGAGUGCUAACCAAUCAAAUGAUGAGGCAGACUCGUGCCAUAUUAAUGAAGCAGAAACGGUUCCUUCAGUUGUCUACGAUGCGAAAAGCAGAAGUUUUUCUUCGGGAUCUGUGUCAAUAGAAAGCUUUAGCUCCGACAAUGAGGAUCAGAUAGUUGAACGAACACCAGGGGGCGCGAAAGUAUUUCGACCAAAGCCUAAUGCUUCUUUGUAUACGAAAUACAGACAUAUAACUACCAACGAACAUGUAAAUAAGUAUGGAUGUACACCAAGACCGAAAAGUGAAAAUGACACGAAACGAAAAGAGCCAGUAAACUUUUGUGAUAAACGUAAAACCAGUCAAAUUUUAUGCUGGUUAGAGGAAGUAAGAUUUGCACAGAAAAAUCAAGUACCAUCAGUUUCACCGACAGAAGUUUAAUGAAAGAGAUAAUUAUAGCGUCGUUUUGAAUUUUUCAAGAGUAUUCAUUUUGUUUUCUUUUUCUUUAAAUAUUCAUUCAAAUAUAAGAAGCGAAAAUUAAAUUGGGCACAGAUGUAAGCAAAGAAUAAAUGCUAUAAUGUUUUGAAACCGGAUAAUAAUAUCGUUUUCAUGUCAUUUUCAUAAAUUUAACAACUUUCUACAAGGCAGUAGAUUAGUACUGUAAUUUUGUUCUUAAAUUUAACUUUAAAGUGUUACUCGUUCUACACUUUAUAUUAAGAGCUUACUUCCAUUACUACAUGUACCAUGUAGUAUAGAUAUUUCAUAUAUAAUUAAUGCAAAAUAUUACUCAUGCUCUAGUAUCUUAAAUUGUUUCCUCUUUUAUAAAUAAUUGUUUUUUUUUGUUGUUGUUUUUUAUCUUUUAAGGAAUAUCCUUAAGUACGGA